AUGGUCAUGAAAGUGGAAACCACCCACCCUCCACCCCCCCGAAGGCGAUGGACACCAUGUAUUGUCCCUGUUCAGGCUAUUCCAGAUUUAUUGGUGCUAGAGAAAAGCCCCUCUUCUUUUCCCCCUGGUUUACUUCAGGGGGCAAUCAUCAACCUCUGGAGCUUAUGUCAAGUCGUAGCUAUUAUGUCCAUUAGCAGCCAUGAAGAUGGUGGACAAUCAGCGGACUGCCCUAAGAUUAUCCAGAGGUUGGGGAGCAAUGUGAUGCUGCCCCUGGCAUAUGAAGGAAUAAAUAAGAGCAUGAGCAAAAGCAUCCGUAUUGUUGUCACAAUGGAAACAUCACUUGGAAGUGUUACCAAGAAGAAAAUAAUGUCUUUUAAUCCGACUGAAGUGGGCUCCCCACCCAAUCUAGAACUUCACUAUAAAUUUCACCUGGAAAACCUGAGCCUGGAGAUCCUGGAAAGCAGGAAGGAAGAUGAAGGCUGGUACUCCAUGACACUGGAGCAAAACUUUUCAGUCCAGCAGUUUUGUCUGCAGCUGAGGCUUUAUGAGGAGGUCUCCGUUCCAGAAAUUAAGGUGUUAAACUUGACACAAGACAGCGGGAACUGCAGUUUGAUACUGGCCUGUAUGGUGGAGAAGGGGGAUCAUGUGAUUUACAGCUGGAGCCAGGAGACAGACAUCCACCCACUAAGUCUGGUCAAUAGCUCCCACCUUCUGUACCUCACCAUCAGCCCUCAGGAUGUCAACAAUGUGUACGUCUGCACCGUGAGUAACCCCAUCAGCAACCACUCCCAGACCUUCAACUCUUGGCGAGUUUGCAGUCCAAAUCAUCCAGAAUCAAAGCCAUGGGAACUGUAUGUUUGGCUGUUCUUAGGGAUCAUCAUCGGUGUCAUACUUCUCAAAAUGAUAAUACAACUGUUGAGAAGAAGAGGCAAAGCAGACAAUGUCCAGUCAACUGCAGACCAUGUCCAGACAACUGUGGAAGCAAAAAGCCUUACUAUCUAUGCCCAAGUCCAGAACUCAGGUCCUAUCCAGAAGAAGCCUGAUGCCCCACCAGCUCAGGACCCUUGCACCACCAUUUAUGUUGCUGCCACAGAACCUGUCCCAGAGCCUGUCCAGGAGCCUAACUCCAUCACAGUCUAUGCCAGUAUGACCCUUCCAGAGAGCUGA